AUGGCCGACAAGAGCUUGGCUGCUCCUGCCUCGCAAGAGCCAUCCAGUGGCAAGGCUCCCCGUUCUUGGGUCCCCCGUGCUUGUGACAGAUAUCAGCAGGUCCCCUGCCGCAACUGUGCCGAAGCCGGUGUCACCUGUACCCACGAUGCACCGGUUUUGAAGCGUGGCCCUCGUCCCAAGCCUCGAAACCGCGAUGUCGAGAGCAGGCUGCGCAAUCUCGAGAGCCUGUUAGCAAGCAUCUCGUCCGGCUCGGCCUCGGCGGCGUCCGUUUCUCUUUCGCGGAGGGAACUGGACCAGAUUCGUGUGGCUGCUCACAUUGCGCCCGCUUCUGAUACGUCGCCUCCCUCUGACAUGGGGGACGUCAAGCCCAACGUGAACGCGACGCCCGCUCCGGACGCUGCCAUGGGAACCCCUGGCUCUGUCAACAAUGCCCCUACCCCGGUCAACGGAAUGGCCACCACGGCCAACCCGACGCUUAGCAACUACGUGCCGCCCAUGUCGUUCGACUCGUUUGGCGUUCCGACGCCCGGUCAGGGCAUUCCAGACCAGCAGAUGAUGUCGGGCGUCAACGCCACGCUUCAGCCGUCAAUGUACGACCCCAGCGUCAUGGGUGCCGUUAGCCCUACUGCAACCAAUGAUUCUGAGGGCCAGACGAAGUGGCUUGGCCCCUCGAGUGGUAUGCCUCUCCUGGAGCGUCUCAAGGUCAACGGCCACCAGUGGAACUCGCCUCUGGACGAUGGCAACGUUACAGACCAGUGGAUGUCUCUGUCGAGCGCCAUCGGCGUUGACGUCGAGGGCACCAAUGCUCUGGAGACCAUCACUCCUCAGGACCCCACCAGCGCGCUCUCGCCGUCCAGCUCGCAUGACGAGUACAUCUGGGAGCGCGUUACCAACGUGAUUCCCAGCGACCUCGUUGACAACCUGGUUCGCUCCUACUUUACGAUCUCGCAUCUGCUGUGGCCGAUCUUGCAUGCGCCCACGUUCAUGCAGCACUACGUCGACCCAGAAUACCGCAAGAACCCGUCGUUCGUCGCCCUCGUCCUCUCCAUCUGCGCGCUGUCGUCGCGCUACACGCCUGACCAGAGGCUGCGAGUCACCAACUCGAAGGGUACUACCCUUGCGAUUGAGGUCGUAUCCCUCGCUAAAGACAUCAUCGCUCAGACUGCUUCGGAACGCUCGGAUCUCGCCAUCGUUCAGGCCCUGUUCAACUUCUCCGUUGUCCAGGAGGGUAUCGCGCGUACCAACCAGGUUUGGUCGUUCCUCAGCCAGGCUGUCAGUGUCGCGAUGGACAUGGGUCUGCAUCGUCGCAAGGACGAGUACAACUUCUCCGCUGUUGACCUCGAGGAGCAGAAGCGUACCCUUUGGGCUCUGUACUGCCAGACCGUCCAGGCGAGCUGCACUUACGGACGCCCCCUCAUGCUGCGUCUCCGAGACAUUGAACUCGACGAGCCCGCGCCCGUUGACGACGUCUACAUCUCGGCUGAGCGUGGUAUCGGCACUCAACCUGCCGACCGGCCAUCUGUCAUGGCCGGCUUCGUUGCCGGCAUCCGCCUGCACAUGGUCUUGGAGCGAACCGUUCGUCGGGUGAACCGAAUCGUCCUGCAGACGGACGAGACCAACAUGAACUUCAUCGACCUCGUGUCGGCUACUGGCCCUCGCAAGUACCGGAUCGAAGACGAGCUCGAGCUGCUGUCCCACGUGACGGACGGCCUCGUGGGUGACUGGUCAUUCUCUCCCACGACCGUCGCCGAUUCUGACAGCGUCCGGUUCUUCCAGCGCACCCGCGUGUUUACUUUGCAGCAGUUCAUCCGACUGCUGUCUGCCCGCCACCGUCUCACUGAGAUUAUGGGCUCCGAAGUUGGCACACUAGGCGGAACCGCCGAAGAGCAGGCUGUUCUGCAACAGAUCACGCAAUCGGCUCUUGGUAUUAUCGGGACCUACUCGAUCAUCGACGGUCAAGGCCGUCUCGACUUCUUCGGCGCUCACGCGAUCUCGCAGCUGACGCAAGCCGGUGCCGGCCUGAUCGGUGUCGUUCUUCACGUGCGUUCGAAUGCCAUCGCCGGCAGCGACAAUGUGCUCCAGAUUGCGCUGCAGGGUCUCUGCGCGUCCAUCCUCGUCCUCCGCAAGCUUGGUACGCGACGACCAGCCGGUAACCGCUCUGCCGAGCUUCUCAUCGAGUUCUCGCGCGCGUGUCGCAUCUCGAUCCCGGGCCUUCCCGAGAGCGAGCCCUCACCAUCGUCCAACGGUCCGGUCGAUGUCCCGAUGCUUCGCGCCCUGCCGCGGCGAACGAACUCGAAGAGUGGCGGCGGUCUCAAGCCCGGCGGCAUGAGCCAGGCGCAGUUCGACGAGUGGCUUGGCAUCGCGCUGCAGGGUACCGGCGACUGGAUGGGACCCGACGGCGUCCUGCCCCCGGGCCAGGAAGGUUUCGCCAUGUAA